AUGCAAGUUCAUGCAAGCCACAAGGAAGUUGUGGAAAAUUUGAUACAUUAUGCACAAGGUCUUCCCUUAGCACUAGAAGUUAUAGGCUCUAACUUGCAAGUCAUACAUACAUAUCAAACUCCUAAUAUUUAUGAUUUGCUUUUAUUUUUGGCUAAGGGAUCAGAAGAAGUUGGUAUUAUAAUUUCAAGAGAUCAAUCCAAAUGUAUAGAAGUGAAUUGGGAUGGAAAAGCCUUCAAGAAGAUGAAGAAUCUCAAAAUUCUUAUGUUGAAUGAGAAUAUGAAGCUUUUAGAAGGCCCCAAAUAUCUACCUAAUAGUUUGAAAGUGUUGAGAUGGCCGAGAUAUCCUUCAUCAUGUUUGCCACUCAACUUUCAUCCAAAGGAACUUUUUGAAUUGGAUAUGGGACUUGGUUGUCUAAAGUCAGUAGAAAUGAUUAAGAAUGUCUCAAAUCUAAGUACUUUGAAUCUUGGAUAUUGCCAUUACAUUACACAAAUACCUAAUUUAUCUGGCCUCUCAAAUUUAAAGGAAUUGUGUGUUUAUGGAUGCCAAAAUUUAAUUGCAAUUGAGGAUUCUGUUGGAGAAUUAACAAAACUUGAAACCUUGAAUGUGCAAGCAUGUGCCAAACUUAAAACCUUUCCCCACGGUAUCAAGUCACCGUAUCUUCAAAGGCUCGAACUUACUGGUUGCAAAAGCCUAAAGUGCUUUCCAGAAAUACUAGAGAAAGUGCAACCAACUGAACUGUCUUUUUGGGAAACUGGAAUGGAAGAACUUCCUUCAACUAUUUGCAAUCUUACUCAACUUGAGGGGGUAACAAUUAGUGGGAAAGUUAAGCCACCAAAUAUGGAUUUUCUGUUGCGAGGACAAUGUGAUAAUGUUGAUGAAGGUUGUGGAAAGUUGCUGAAGGAAGUGAUUCUAUUUCCAAACUUAGAUAUUGUUGACCUCACAGAAUGUAAUAUAUCAAGCAGGAAGAGCCUUCAAAGUUAUCUUUCUUGGUUCUCCACCAUGAGAGAGUUGGACUUGAGCAACAAUGACUUUAUUACAAUUCUGCCAGCAUGCAUAAAAGAAUGUCGCUUUUUGUGGAGGCUUAGUUUACUUUGGUGCAGGCAUCGGCGAGAAGUGGAAGGGAUUCCACCAAACAUAAGACAGUCGGAUGCAGAAGGUUGCAUAUCAUUGAGUUUAGAGUCGAGAAACUUAAUGUUGAGUGAGGUCAUUAAUUUUUCUGCCUCUGAUUUUCUGAACAUCUCUGUUAAGUAUUUAUGUGACUCUAUAUAUAUAUGUUUCUCAACAUUUAUUUUUGUUUCACAGCAGCUAAUUAUUGGGGCUGUAGUGAUCAGAGAUGUGGAGAUUGUUGAUGAUGAGUGUUUUGAAUUUCUGAAAACAGAAUUCGUUGUGCCAGCAUCAAGCAUUCCAGAAUGGUUCCAUCACUGUAGCAAAGGAGCACCUUUGUCAUUUUGGUUUCGUAACUCCUUUCCAACUCUAUGUCUUUGUGCUCUUCUCAAAUUUAAUGGUGACAUGGCUUGUAAACAUACAUUUAUACAUGCGGUCCCUAAAGCAGUAAUUAAUGGAGAAAGAAUAUCUACGAUAUUGGACAAAUAUGAUGCUACAUUGUGGUCAGGAAGUUUAUGGGAUCACGAACAUAUAAUCAUCUGUGAUCUUCGAGAGGAAUACUUUGAUGGAGAUGAUAAAGUAAUUGAUGGAUUAUAA